AUCAUCAAUUCAAUUACUUAAAGACUGCACACUCUUCACAUUUGUCCAUUUCAGUUUUUGGUCGGAUUAGUGGUAUGAGGCAAGGAGACACCAUGUGGCUACUUCUUUUAAUAACAGCUUUGUGUAGUCCAUAUUUUUGCAAUGGCCAACAACCUAUUCCCCAACCUCCCAUUAGCCAAUGUGUUCGAGAGGUACAACAACUCAGCGCCUCUUGCUUUCAGAGGUCUGGACUUCCAAUGAUGACUAUUGAUGCUGUGUUGACCAAUGGAACUAUUGCGCCAUUACCCAGCAAUUCAAAUAUCAUGGACCUUAGGAAGAACCUUUGUGGAAUAAGGGCACAGAUUAUACAAUGCGUCGUUCCACCCACACUGAACAUGCGCGGAAAGCCUCCUUGCACAGACAGUGCAGAGUUCAAUUUUGCCGAGAACCAAGUAGUCAGGAGACUGACGGCUUUGCAAAAUGCUUGUGGUGCAGGUGUGCUGCCACAAGCCAACUCUUGUAUGCGCAUGCUUGACGCAAACAUGCAGCAAUGUUACACCAAAGCUGGACUAAGUCCAAGUAUGUUUGGCUCCAAUGAAACCGAAAUAAAAGGCGCCAUUAUUGGAAAAGACAAAGAGGCAGCGUCCAGAUUUUGUGGAGUAAGGAACACACUAUUUUCAUGCAUGAGAAACGUAAUUGACAGUUGUGAAGGAGCCAAUGAAUACAUGUUAUUGACUGGUUAUGACCACGCCUCAAUGGAGGCUAGCAUAGACCUCCUUUGUGGAGAUAUAGAUGUUUAUGUAGAGGGUCUAGUGUGUUUCCAAAAUCCAACAGACGCCGUACAAAAAUGUCUGGACAGCAUGUCUGCCAGUAUGGUGGACCUGGCGGCGCGUCAGAUCCAACAGAACCUCGAUAUGACGGGCUUCUUCUCCGAAUAUUGCAAAAUCCGCGUAGAUCAUCUUGGCUGCGACAUGAAAGCAUGGAAGCAAUCCUGCAGUAAAGCCGGCGUAGGUCUGAAGAACGAGUUCGAAUGCACCAUGCUCCCUUCCACCUGCCAGAAAAAUAUCAAUUUGCAGACGAUGUUAAAAGACAAUGUUUGUAAUACUACCUCUUUCUACAAAGAGUUUCGCCAACCUGCCGGCAAAAACUCGGCGUCUCAGUUGUCUACAGUGCUGGCAUCGGUAGUGACCCUCUUGUCUAUGAUAUUAAUUUUGUAAGAAUCGAUAUGUGUGAUCUUCUACACCAAGUACGUUUUGCCCUGCCAAUUAUUUAAAUGUGAAGUUUGACAAAGCCUGUUGCUAUUUGCAACCAAGGUAUCUUCUACAGUAACAUUUAAUUGGUAAAAAAAGGCAACGCAGGUAAAUCCAAUCGUUCAGAUUAAAUGAAAACACAGUUUAAAGAGAUGAUUAACGACAUAAUAAUGAGUGCUUUAGUGUAUAUAUAUAUUGUAUAUAGUUUGUACGCAUACAUUGUUGAAAUAUGUAGAUUUCAAAGUACAGUGACAAAGAAUGUGAAUUAGAAUUCAAAGUAUGCUUUGGGUGAUUCCAAGCUAAAUACAGCAAAUACCAAAUACAUGUAGCUACGAACCGAUCAUCGGUAGAAUGUAGAUUUUUUUAAAUUUGUGAUAAUAAAAAAAGUCAUUGAUAACAA